AUGACCUCCAGCAGCUCAGAUGUUUUGAAAAACACCCAGCCUAGCAAAGACCUGGCGUGGUGGGUGCCUAACAUUGACCACAAAAUCACCCCAGAGGUAAGACUAGCCAUCUUCUGCACUUACGAAAUCUCACAGAGCAUGUGCUCAUCUUCGGUGCUGCAGGUUCGUCAAGUCCUCGAAACGUACAGUAACAUCGCUCCCGACGACGUUGUUGAUCAUGUCUACGCCAUACGCGAAAAGGCAUGGUCCAUCCGGCCAUGGCCCUGCACCGGUAUAGGCAAUUUCUUUGCACCAACACUGCCCAAACUCUCCUGCUACGCCGAAAUCCUCUCCCGUAUCAAAUCCGGUGGCAAAAUCCUCGAUCUCGGCUGCUACUGCGGCACCGACCUCCGGCGUCUCGCGCUCGACGGAUGCCCACAGGAAAAUCUCUACGGGACUGAUCUCAUCAACCACUGGGACCUGGGCUUCGCGCUCUAUCGAGACGAGCACAAGUUCCACGCCACGUACGUCGAAGCGGAUUUCUUGCAUCCAAACACCGAACUACUCGGUCUAGCCGGGAAAGUCGAUGCCUUUUCCACGAUCCAUUUCCUGCACAACUGGGACUGGGAGACGCAGCUCAAGGCCGCCACGGCCAUGUGUAGCUUGUCGACGUUGGGCAACAAGGUGGUUGGGGCGCAGGUGGGUACGCAGAGUAAGGAUAGUACGAAAUGGAUUAGAGAAGGGGGACAGGAGGGGUUCAAGGCGCAGAGUGUGGAGUCGUUUGCGAGAUUGUGGGAGGUGGCGGGUGGGAUGACUGGGACGAAGUGGGAGACUGAUGCUGAGAUAAGAGACUGGGAGGUCUUUGGGUAUCGGAGGGAAGAAACGAAGUACUUGGGUGAGGGUGCGGGAAUACUUGAGUUUGCGGUGACUAGGGUGGAGUAA